UUUUAUCCGUUUAGUUGAACAGCCACUGCAAUUACGUGCUCAUCUCGUACGUUACUGGACCACUCGGGGAGUAUGCACGUUGUGACAAGCGGAUGCUGACUCCUGGAUUUAUUUGUCAUAAAACCCUCUCCCAAUCUCGUGUUUUCUCCCUCUUUAAUAUUGCUCUCUUUUUGUGUUACUCUAUUCUUUCUUCAAAUAAAGACGUGUCUCUUCAUAUCUUCAGCAACUUAUUCCAAGAGGCACAAAUGAAUAAUUUAUCUAAUAUCAAUUAUUGUGAUGAUUUGAAAAUAAUGUUUUUGUGUUUUGAUUGUUGGUAAAUUUUGAAAAAUAAGUGUAAGUGAAAAAAAAAAAGAAAGAGAGAAAAAAUUAAAGUAUUUUAUCGAGAAGUGGUGUGUCUUUUUUAUGUGUGACGGUGAUGAUAAAUGUGUUUCGUUUGUUUUGUCCACUUCUUCCUUACGAGGUGAUUUUCCGACUUGAUUCUGACCUCGAUUACAAAUCUGAGAGUUCUGCAAUUGACGACGAGAGAUGAACUUCGGAAUGAGGAAGACAAUCAGUGGAAAAAUUGUCAAGUUCCUGCUAAUUCUUCUUUACUCGACAGCAUUGGGACAAGGUCUAUUACUAGAGGAAGAAAAAGAGCCCACAUAUCUUACUGCAGGUGUUGGGGAAUAUGUCGUCUUUAAUUGCGAUCUCGACUUUCCACACGAGAUACCGAUUCCAUAUAUAUUACACUGGAAACGCGAUGGACGAACAAUAUUCUCGUGGUACGCUAACGCGACUUCCGCAGCUCGCGAUUACUCCGGUCGUAUACACAGGUUGGACGAUGUAUCCAGCUACGGUCAAGGCAGCAUCAAUUUAACCAACAUUAGAAACAGCGAUCAAGGAUGGUACGAGUGUAAAGUCAUUUUUCCCAACAGAACACCAAGUUCCAGAAAUAAUGGCACUUGGUUACAUCUCUCCAUUGAUGGUGUGUUGCCGCCGGGCGAAAAUGUUCCAGGUGAGACUCUUUUGGUUGUACCUCCAAUCAAUGGAACAGUUAUGGAGGGUGAACCAGUAUCAUUCGAAUGCAUUGCAAAAGAUUCCUCCUCCAUUCUCGCUUGGUUUCACGAAGGUGUUGAGAUUUCAGAAAUAAAGGAUCUCAAAAUUCGAGCGUCAGUUGACAGUAAUGGAACUCUGACAAUAAAACCAACGGACAUGGGUGAUUUAGGGGAAUACACUUGUGUUGUCAGCAAUGAUCAGGGAGAACAACAAAGUGCUUCUGCUUAUCUUAAUGUACAAUAUAAAGCAAAAGUGAUAUAUGCUCCACGUGAAGUAUUUCUUCCAUAUGGAAAGCAUGCAAUUUUAGAUUGUCAUUUUAGAGCUAAUCCACCGCUAACUAAUUUACGAUGGGAAAAAGAUGGAUUUCUCUUUGAUCCUUAUAAUGUACAAGGUGUAUUUUAUAGAAGAAAUGGCUCCUUGUACUUCAGCAAAGUAGAUGAGAGUCAUGCUGGAAGUUAUAGUUGCACACCCUAUAAUGAUCUUGGUACUGAAGGUUCCAGUACUCCUAUCAAUGUGGUUGUUCAAAGGCCACCAAUAUUUACUGUGACACCACAACAACUCUACAUGAGAAAAUUGGGAGAAAAUCUCGAAAUUCCAUGUGACGCUAGAGAUGGAGAUCAUAAUCAUCGACCUAACAUCGUUUGGUUUAAAGAUGGUUCACCUCUUUCUCCGGAAAGAGCAAUAAUCACUGGAGGAAAUCUCACCAUUGAGAAAAUUCAAGAACAGGAUCGAGGACUUUAUCAAUGUGCUGCAACUAAUGAGGCUGCUACAGUUGUUGCCGAUGCUGAACUUAUGGUUUUAAAUGUACCACCAAGAGCACCUUACAAUCUCAGUGCAAAUACUAGUAAAAAUUCAGUGACCCUCACAUGGAUUCCUGGCUAUAUAAGACCAAAAAUGGAAUAUUCGAUAUGGUAUCGACCAACUGACACUUCUGAAUGGAGAACUAUGAAAAUAGUGUCAAAAAAAAUAACUGAAGCUACUGUAAAUAAUUUGACACCUGGUCGUGAGUACGAAUUCAUGGUUCUUAGCCAAGACAAACAUGGUGAUGGAAUGUUUAGUAAAACAGUGCGUGUACUAACAAAUCCAGAUGCGAUGGAUCAUAAUGGAGCGUCUGAAUUUCGACUUCCAGAAUCAGAUUUUAUGGGUGCACCUCGUAAUGUCAGAGUACAAGCUACUGUCGAGGGUUAUUUAGUUACUUGGGAAUCUCCUGUAGUUGGUCCAGAACUCGUUAGAUUGUAUAUUGUAAAAUGGUUUAGAGGCACAUCAGACCAUCUUUAUGGCAAAGCAGAAACAACAGACACCUAUUAUCUCGUGAAGAAUUUGGAAGAGGAUAGUUACUAUUCAUUUGAGGUGGGAGCAAUGUCACUUACAGAUGAUAUUUUAAUUAGUGAACGUUUUACAAUGGAAAUACCUGCCUAUCAAAAAAGUUCUCGUAACAGGGCAAUAUCAAUGGGAAUUGUAGCGAGUCUAGGUUUCCUAGCUGCAGCCCUUGCUGCCGUUUGGUGGGCAAAGAAACGAUUUUGUCAUUCACAGGAUAGUGAAAAAUAAACAGUUAUGACAAAAUUCACAAACUGUUAUCACAUAUAUCUUCUAUCAAAAAAAAAAAAAAAAAAAAUAGUUCAUACUGCAAAUUAGGAAUUUAAUAUGAUUGAUAAAAUGAAGAAAAUUUUAUUCACUUAUACAAGACAUUUCAUACAUGAUAACAUGAGUCAAUUAUAUCUAAAAGAAAUAAAAUAAGAGGACGUAUUUUUAUUUAAAGUGUCAGCAAUCCAUUUUACGUUUUUUUAAGUUAAAACUUUUUUUAAAUAUAGUAUUUAAGGUAAAUAGAAUAAGAAUCAAUUAUUCUGCUUUUUUUAAUUUGUGUAUUAUCAUUAUAUGGAAAUUAUAAAGAUAUAAUUUUAAUAAUUUUUCAAUAGAUAUGCAUUCUAGGCUACAUUGCAAAAGAAAAUAUGAAAUAAAUGUAAAAAUGAAAAUAUUGAAAUAUAUUUUAGAAAAAUUAUUA